CUAUGUUUUGGUUUAAUACACAGGUACAUUCACAUUCCUAAUAAUUUCUCUUUUUCUUAGUAAAUUUCUUCCCUAAAGUGUCCCGUAAAUUCUAGUAGCAGGAAUUCGAUUUGUCAAACACUGUUAUAUCCUGGUACUGAGGUUUGUUAGUGAGAAGAGUUUUGAGAACAUACAUUGUUGAGGGAUCCAAGUCUUGUAUCAGAUUAGCUUCAAUUCAAGAGACUUUAGCGCCUGAAAUGUCAAAAACUUUUUGUCAGAGUCUUCGCAUGUGGCUUAUAUCUCUAGGGAAACAGAACCAUUGUGACAUAAUCCUCAGGUCAUUAUGGCUUCUGUUUCUGGGACACCUCCUUUUAUAGCUCUGCAUUAUGUGAGAGAAUGGCCUGAAGAGUGUAGCAAUAAUGACUCUCUUACAAACACCCUUAUGAGUUGUCUAGGAAGCUUACUCUGCCAGUUGAGCUGGCUGGCAGAAGCAAUGGCAUUUGAUGUUGGUGAAGGCAUCUAUUUUAUAUUGCUUUGUUUUCCCUUCUCUGAUGGGAGCUUUAAUUUUUCAGUGUACUCAGAGAAUAAGCUGAUAGACAAUACAUGACCUGAAAAAUGUGGUAUCUACCAUGAAAAAUGUUUAUAAAACAGCAGUAAAUGUCUUCCCAUGUGAGACUUUCUCUAGAGAAACACCCUACAGCUGCUGGCAGGUGCUUUGUGUGCCACUGAGGCAACUGCUAGGAAGUACAGUGUUUUCUCUUAGGUCACUUGGAUCCUUCAGUUCAAGACACAGAGUAAUGUAAAGUGAAUUGACCUUGAAGUCUUGCAGUGUUAUAAGCUCAGUAUGAAAUUGUUUUUGGGUAUGUACUCAUGAAGAACGGGAUAUUUUACAGCGUGACUCAAACAAGAGCCAGAAGCUGCUGAAGAAGCUGAUGUCAGGAACGGAGAAUUCUGGAAAGGUGGACAUCUCUCCCAAGGACCUUCUUCCUCAUCAAGAAUUGAGAAUGAAGUCUGGUCUGGAGAAGGCCAUCAAGCAUAAAGACAAACUGUUAGAGUUUGACAGAACUAGCAUUCGAAGGACUCAAGUCAUUGAUGAUGAAUCAGACUACUUUGCCAGUGAUUCUAACCAGUGGUUGUCCAAAAUUGAGCGAGAGACCCUGCAGAAGCGAGAGGAGGAGCUGAGGGAAUUUCGACAUGCCUCUCGGCUCUCUAAGAAGAUCAUCAUUGAUUUUGCGGGCAGGAAGAUCAUGGAAGAUGAAAAUCCACUAGCCGAGUAUCACAGCAAACUAGAUGAAACAAUACAGGCCAUUGCCACCGGAACCUUGAACCAACCACUGACCAAACUGGAUAGAUCUUCUGAAGAGCCUUUGGGAGUCCUGGUGAAUCCUAACCUCUACCAGUCCCCUCCCCAGUGGAUAGACCAGACAGGUGCAGCCUCACAGAAGAAGGCUUUCCAUUCAGCAGGAUCGGAGCUAGCGUUCAACUCAUAUUGCCACCAGUUGCGAAUCCAGGACCAAGAAUUUCAGGAAGGCUUUGAUGGUGGCUGGUGCCUCUCUAUGCAUCAGCCCUGGGCUUCUCUGCUUGUCAGAGGGAUUAAAAGGGUGGAGGGGAGAAGCUGGUACACCCCUCACAGAGGACGACUUUGGAUAGCAGCCACAGCCAAAAGACCUUCCCCUCAAGAAGUCUCAGAACUCCAGACUACAUAUCGUCUUCUUCGUGGGAAAGAUGUGGAAUUUCCCAACGACUAUCCGUCAGGUUGUCUUCUGGGCUGUGUGGACCUAACUGACUGCUUGUCCCAGAAGCAAUUUAAGGAUCAGUAUCCAGACAUGAGUCAAGAAUCUGAUUCUCCAUUUGUUUUCAUCUGCACAAAUCCACAGGAAAUGAUUGUGAAGUUUCCUAUUAAAGGAAAUCCAAAAAUCUGGAAACUGGAUUCCAAGAUCCAUCAAGGAGCAAAGAAGGGGUUAAUGAAGCAGAAUAAAGCUGUCUGACCCAGGAGAAAAGGAACUACACAGCAUAGUGGAGUUUUGUGUACUAAAAUUGCUAUCCACUGGUCCUUUGGAAUUGAAGCAGUAGAAAUCUAAAGACUUGGAUCAGGCUUGAACCUCUCAGAAUUUAAACUCUUUCCAAAAUCUGUAUAUUUUUCUUGUGGUGGGUCAAAAUCUUUGAAUACAUUAUUUAUAAAAACCUAUUUUAAAAAUU